GACAUUCUCUCACCCCCCACCGACACCCACCGACGACAUCGCAUACGACUCUUGAAACCACCACAGAGCUGCUCGCCGUCUACGACCACCCCCUAAAACCGCGAUCAUGUCGAAGGAGUUCACCUAUUCCGAUGUGUCCGAGCACACCACCAAAAAGGACCUCUACAUGGUGGUCCACGACAAAGUCUACGACGCCAGCUCCUUCGUCGACGAGCACCCAGGUGGAGAGGAAGUCAUGCUCGACGUCGGCGGCCAAGACGCCACGGAAGCCUUCGAGGAUGUCGGACACAGCGACGAGGCGCGCGAGAUUUUGGACGGACUGCUGGUUGGAAACUUGAAGAGAGUGGAGGGCGACCCAAAGCCCAAGUCCGCCGCCCAACAAGUCGCCGAUGCGCGCAAGUCGACGACCGACGCUGGAGGUCUGGGAGCGGGCGUCUACGCCAUCGUGCUGGUGGGCGCCGCGGUGGCGUUUUUCGCGUUCCAGUACUUGCAGUCGAGUGAGAAGAAGUAGAUGCGGAGAAGAUGGGGCAAGAGAUGCGUGGUGGGUGAGGAUGUGUUAGUGCGGAGAAGAGAGUGUGUGAGGAGGAGUGUACAGAUGCAUAAGUCAUGGAGUCGAAGGAGAAGAUGUUGCUAUAGGGAGAACACGUAUUUUGGAGUUGGAGAUGCUGGGUUUUGCGAUCAUAGCGAGCAGAAGGUGUGGAUGGGCGAUCAUCGCAGGUAUAUCUUCAUGUCUCUCGCAGAGAUGCUUUAGAUGAGCAAUGCGAGAU